GGAGGGUUUACGAUGAUAAACCUACACAAUAACGAGGGAUAUACUCUAAAAAUAUUUGUAUAUACUAGUACUCCAUACCUUGAAAUCCACAAAUUCCAAACAACUAUAAGAAAAACUUCCAUCACACUCUACAAAACUCUCAACGAUAACUUAUAAUCACAUACCAACCUCCAAUACUCUACUCACCAUGUCCAGAAUUCCUACACGAGCGAUGAUUAUCUCCGACGCUCACGAACAUUCUCUCAAUAGAGCGAACAUGCCCGAGGUUGACGUUCUCCUCCAUACUGGCGAUUCAACUAAUUUUGGCGAAUUGGAGGCCUUGAAAGACUCUUUCAAGAUGAUGAGCACUAUUGAAGCCGAGUUAAAAUUAGUUAUUGCUGGAAAUCAUGACAUAACUCUUGAUAAGCAAAAUAGGGCAGAAAACAUGUCUGACGAUGAAUAUUCGGAGUAUCACCAGUCUGCCCUCGACAUCAUGACGGGUCAAUCAGCGAAAGACGCCAGGGUUACUUAUCUUACGGAAGGUACCCGUACGUUCUCACUUAAGAAUAGUGCUAAAUUCACAGUAUAUGCCUCACCCUACACUUGUGGGUCCAUGGGCUUUCAAUAUAAGAUAAACGAAGAUCGCUUCAACAACGCAACUCAAGUCGCCCCAGGCCAAAUUUCAAUUGCCACCAAUCCUAUCCCCGAAGGUGUCGAUAUCGUCAUGACUCAUGGUCCUCCACAUACGAUACUCGACCAAGUUGAUGGCUCUCACAAAGGCCGUCGUAACCUCCUUCGUGCAGUCGGCCGCGUUCGGCCACUGAUGCACUGCUUUGGACACAUUCAUGAAGGAAGCGGUGCAAAUCUUGUAACAUGGAAACCUGAUGGUAGCGUAAAGGACCCAUCAUCAGCUACACCGAUGGAGACAGAACAAAUCAACGAGUAUCCGUAUACAAAUGUGUGGCCAAUCCAAUCUGGAAAGCAAACUCUCAUGGUAAAUACGGCAAUCAUGAUGAACACUGCGAAGGGAAUGCGUCCAAAUUACAAGCCCUUCGUAGUAUCACUCGAUCUGCCUUGCCACCAUUGAUUUUAUAUCUAGUCUUGUCUUUGUCUCUGUAUUCCGAUGAUUUGUGCUAGGUUUGGAAAACUGUAGUCCCGGCGCUUGUGGAAAUGUGUUAUGGAACUUCGAAAUUGUUGAUUGCGCAGUUAGCAAAUCUUACCUACCUUGACGUAUUUAAUUGUAUGUUUAACUCCAGUCGUAAUGGUAUUUUUAUAACAUUUUCGUCUCCGAAACCCCAGAAUUGAAUCAAGUGGUUUACACCCAUGGCCAGUGGUGAACGAAAGUAGUUUCAAUAUACGGUGCCAUGAUCCUCCA